AUGUCGCUGGUGCUCUUGCCUUUGAGAACUGCCAUGCUUUCAUGUAUUUGUUGCAACAUAAGAACCACAGGAAAAGCUCCACUCAAUGGCAAAUGCGCCAAGCCAAUUCACCUGGUGGAUCAGGAGUUGUAUAAGAAGUAUGGACGACUAUUUGGCUCCUUUGAGGCAGGCAAGCCCGCUUUGUAUGUCUCUGAGCCCGACCUCAUCAAGUUGGUCUUGGUGCGAGAUUUCACCUCUUUGUCCGACAGAAAGCCAAUAAAGUUUGGCGAUCCCGUUCUGGAUAACAUGAUGACGGCGGCAAGCCUGGACCGAUGGAGGGUCAUACGCGCCGUUGCAAGCCCCGCGUUUUCUGCGAGCAGAGUAAAAAAGUUGAGCAGCAUUAUUGCAGACUGCGCACGAAUCACCGCUGAACAUCUCCGGACCUGUGAGGGCGAUUUAGAAGUGAAGACGUUUUAUGCAAACUUUGGCCUGGACGUUAUUGCAAGGUGCUCAUUUGGCAUUAAACUGAAGCCGCAUUCUGACGUCACCAACAAGUUUGUCAUCGAAGCCAAGCGCGCAUUUUCGCGAAACAUGACGCUUCCUCUUAUCGCCAUAUACCUCUUUCCGGGUUUGAUACAGUGGUUUAACAUUAAGCUCCUUAACUUCGACAUAAUUCGCUGUUUUAAGGACCUCGCUGGCAAGGCUAUACGCGAGCGAGACAAGGGAGGUCAUAAGUCCGAAGACUAUCUCAAACUUUUGAUGGAUGCACGUGAGGAACGCCAUGACACAAAUGGAUAUCCAAACCGUCGUGAGACUCCAGAACGUUCAGCACUGAGUGAAGUCGAGGUGCUGGCACAGUGCGUCGUCAUGUUCCUCGGCGGUCAGGACAGCAUAUCGUCUCUCAUUGCACACACUGUCUACCUGCUGGCCUUACAUCCUGACAAGCAAACGAAACUUCGAGAGGAAGUGGACCGAUGCUUUAGCUCACACGGUGAGGAAAUCUCUCCCGAAGUUAUUUCGAAGCUGGAUUACCUUCACGGGGUUGUGUCGGAGGCUUUGAGACUCUUUCCUCCUGCAACAAGGAUUGACAGGUCCACAACGGAAGACUACGCUCUCGGUGACACAGGCAUCACUCUUCCCAAGGGCUGCACAAUCACCGUGCCCAUUUAUGCCAUGCAUCGGGAUCCUUUGAAUUUCAUUGACCCGGACUCCUUCAUCCCAGAGAGGUUCAGUGAAGACAACGUUAGUACCAUUUCCCCGUACACCUAUUUACCAUUUGGUGCUGGCCCCAAGGGAUGUCUAGGCACGCACUUGGCGCUUCUGGCAGUAAAACUCUGCUUACUGUACUCUCUUCAAGAUGUUGAGUUUUUCCGGACAUCGAAAACAAAGGUGCCUCUGAAGUUCUACAACGGUUUCGGGUUACUCCACUCCGCGCCUUUUUCUGUUGGAAUCAAAAAACGAAGCACUGCGCCAACGUCAACCAGCACUCACAAUACGAAUUAA